GAAGGAUGUCACUUUGGGCUAGAAUUUUGGGCCAGUGGUUUCUAAUAGGACUCGUUGUUUCAAUACUAGCAGCAAAAGUCCAACCUGAAGUGGGGAAGAAAGGAGGACUGUUGAAACCAGAAAUCACUAUAAAAUAUAUUGCUGUAUCAGUCAUCUUUCUUAACAGUGGACUGUCACUAAGAACGGAUGAUCUAAAAAAGGCUUUAUUUUCAAUACGACUACAUGCUUUUAUCCAGAUCUUUACACUCGUAUUUAUUCCUUUUGCAAUUUUCUUUCUCGUUUGGUUGCUUUCCUAUUCUUCAUUGAAUAUCUGGCUACAAAAGGGGCUACUGGUUGUUAGCUGCAUGCCCCCACCUGUUUCAUCAGCUGUCAUAUUGACAAAAGCUGUUGGAGGAAAUGAGGCAGCUGCGAUAUUUAAUUCUGCGUUUGGAAGCUUUUUGGGUAUAUUUGUAACUCCACUUUUGCUUCUUUUUCUGGUUGGAGCGUCUGGUGCUGUCCCAGUCCAGUCCGUGUUUACAACACUAUUUAUGACUGUAGUAGCUCCAGUACUAAUUGGACAGGUAAUUCGUUCCUUUGUCAGGGAGUGGUUGGAUAAAGCAAACUUACCUUUUGGUGCAUUAGGGAAGCUGAUACUUUUGGUGAUCAUCUACACUACAUUCUGUGACACAUUUGCAAGUGCGUCAUUGGAUAUCGAGUCCACGGACAUGGCAGUGAUUAUAAUUGUUGUGCUACUGUGUCAGCUGUCAUUUCUGACAUUGUCGUUUAUGCUGUCUACAAGAGUUUUUAAAGGCUUUAGACCAUCUGAUGUUGUGGCCAUCGUAUUCUGUUCAACUCACAAGUCACUUACACUAGGGAUUCCAAUGUUGAAGAUUAUGUACAGUGGUUAUUCACAUUUGUCGCUUAUAUCCAUCCCACUUCUUGUUUACCAUCCCACACAAAUCUUGCUCGGUGGUUUCCUGGUUCCAUUUGUACGAUCAUGGAUGGUAUCUGCAACUAGUAGGCAAGAAGCAAUAGAGAAAGAAAUUCAAGAAACUUGUUCAGGGAACAGUCCAAGUUCUAUAUCAGCAUAACAAUUAUUGUUUAGAAUUAGAUAUAUUGAUAGAUAGACUGAAAUGUGUGAUACCUAUAGUCAUUUUAUUAUGAUAUUAAAUAGAUCAGCUACUGUACUGUUGCA